AUGGCAGAUAAUGCCGAAAAUCCGGAGGCGCCAAAACAAGAAAAAAUCGAAUUUAAAAAGCCAGUACUUGUUGGGCGAGUAGGUAAACCUCCUAAGAAAGUGAAGACAGAAUCCGACAAUGCCAUUGAAAGCAGUAGCUAUCAGAGAGAUAAUGAAAACACAAUGGGAUUCCCAACCAACCCUAAAAGUUCUUUGCCGCCCGCUGUACUGUUAAAAGAAUUAUCGACCCCUAUACCUUAUAAAGAACCAAAAUGGUCAGGAACAUGCCCUGAAGGUUCAGAGUACGCUUUAGAAGUGUUGAAAUCAGGAAUGAUAGUGGAAAAAGUAGAUUUAACAAACAAACCUUAUUAUGUGUUUGGAAGACUUGCAAAUUGUGAUGUCAUCAUGGCACACCCAACUAUAUCCAGGCACCAUGCAGUACUCCAAUAUAAAGCCUUUGCAGGAGACGGUGAGCCACCCUCUGGCUGGUAUAUGUUUGAUCUCGGCAGCACACAUGGUACAUUUGUUAAUCGGGAGCGAGUUAAAGACAAUCAUUAUAUAAGAAUAAGAGUUGGUUAUCAGAUUAAAUUUGGUUCAAGUACGAGGACUUAUAUUGUUGUGGGCCCAGAUUUCGACAGUGAAGGUGAAUCGGAGUUAAGUGUGACUGAAAUAAAAAAGCGAGCCGAGAAUAUGAAGUUAGAAAGAGAGAGGAUGAUACGGGAAUCCAAAGAACAGAGGGAGAGAGAUAGAUUGGAAGAGGAGAAAAGGAGAGAAGAACAAGGCAUUGAUUGGGGAAUGGGUGAAGAUGCAGAAGAUGAACCUGAUUUGUCAGAGAACCCUUAUGCUACCACUGCAAAUGAAGAAUUGUAUUUAGAUGACCCUAAAAAGACCCUUAGAGGGUACUUCGAAAGGGAGGGACAUGAGUUAUCUUAUAACUGUGAGGAGAGAGGGGUGGGACAGUACAUUUGUAGAGUGGAACUCCCAAUAGACGACGCGAUAGGCAAGCCUGUGAUGGCAGAAGUAAUGCAUAGAGGGAAAAAGAAGGAGGCCGUAGUGGCCUGUGCGUUGGAAGCUUGUAGGAUACUAGACAGAGCCGGGCUGUUGAGGCAAGCUAAGCAUGAAUCACGUCGAAGGAAACAAAGGGAUUGGAGCGCAGAUGACUAUUACGAUUCGGAUGAAGACACCUUCCUAGAUAGAACUGGCAGUGUGGAGAAGAAGAGACGAGCCCGUAUGGAGAAGUAUGGCGUCGUUCACGCUGAGGUGGACAAGCCUUUGACCUACGAUGGUUUGCUCAAGCAAAUAACAGAAAUAAAAAGCAAGAUAGCAUCAGAAGAGAAGAUUCUAGAACGUCUGAGAAGUUCACACAAACAGACAGACAAUAGUAACAGUGAAGAGGAUGCUUUGGAUGAAUAUAUGAACUCCUUGGGGAAACAGGGUCAGAGUAUGGCAGAGAAAGCUGAGAUUUCAAAAACUAAGAUGAAUAUACAGAAACUCAAAACAGAGUUGUCAAAAACACAACGUCUCGCCGAACUAGCGAGGCCGGCGCACUUGCCGCCGAUUGUAAAGAAGGAAGACAAUAAAAUGGCGGUCAAACAGACAAACUCGGUUAUUUAUGGUAAAAGAAUAAAAUUAAAAGAUAACAUUGAUAAACUACCCAAAGCCAAUAGAGAAGUGAAACAAGAGGUCAGUGAAUUUGUUGAGGAAAUGGAUUCUGAUGAUGAAAUCGAAUCUUCUGGAACCCAAGAUACUUCUGAAAAAGUACAGGAGAAACCGGAAAAAGAAGUAAAAAUAGAAAUAACUAAAGAAGAAGAUAAAACAGUUGAAGUUAAAGAAAAGGAAAAGAAAAUAUAUGGACCAAUGAGACCGCCUGAGGAUUAUGUUAUUCCACAAAAUUAUUUUGAUCAGGAGAGUGAUAGGGAUCUUCCUGAAAUUGAAGAAAAUGAUAUA